AUGCCGCCGGUAGCGCGCGCAUACCUCAGCCAGAUCUACAUGGUGCGCCAUCCAGAAGCAGCGAUUGGCCUGCGGAAUCUGAGAGAGCUGCGUACGUUGGCGACGCUGGUGGAUCUCAUGGCCAUGAACGACUCUCUCCGUGCACUCGACGUGGCCGUACAGAGAAUGAAGAGCAUCGAGCUGUUCAUAGCUCAGGGCCAAUGGAGUCAAGCAAACUUGCUGGAGCUCAUUGUGCCGGAGGAGGAGCAACGAGCCUGGUUCCGACAGGAGUUGAAGGCAGCCCAGCAAGAGCACAAGAGCGACCUGAGGCUGCAGAGGGACCAAUGGCCGAGGUCAGAGCCAAGGGAAAGGAAAGAAAGGAAGAGGAAAAGGGAAGAAGGGCAAGCGGUGGUGAGCCCACCCGCGGCCCGGCGGGGGUUAGAAUACCCAGCGAUGGAAAGGGCCCUAAAUGAAUGUGAAGUGUCUGAAGAAACACGAGAGAAGGUCAGAAGCCUCAUGCAGGAUCCGGAGGUGGUGGCGCUCUAUCGACUCAGGAGGUUUGCGUUGGGCAAGAGCCCAAACUGGAAGAUGAUAGAGCAGGAUUUCUUUGAGAUGAUUGCCAAUGUCGCUGGAGACCCACCUGCACUGGUAAAGAAGCAGUUGCGGCUCAGCUGUCAAUUCCUAGGAGAGGAAUUGAUACCAUCCGCAUCGGAAGUGGCCUGCCGGCUCUUGGGGGUCGACCAAUCUCAGGCCGGGGUUGAUCCUCGGUCUGGGGAAGGUCGGCUCCUAAAGUUGGUGAAUGGCAUUGAAGUGCGAGCUGCUGACAUUGAGUGGAAGAGAGAGGACGGGGUUUAUGUUGGCACCCCUCACACAGAGUUUGGUGCCUCAAUCUACCACCAGGAGUUUGUCAGUCAGUUGGAUAAGGAAAAAGUGAGGAUAUCUUUGGUGGGUCAACACUUAUAUGUUGGCUCAAAGGACCUGAGAGCUGCCGACUGGUUGAUUCAGGAAUUUGGGCUGAUUCCAAAAGAGCACGUGACGCCGGUCUCAUGGAGGCAGAUGAUGCGGCGAGGGCUGGGGCUCAGCUUGUCGGUGAGUCUUGUGGGGGUGGUCUUAAAAGUCGGCAUUCAAGACCGCCCUGGAGAGUUGGGCAACUUAGCGCGUGCCCUUCCUUGCUGCGCUCUGGAGAACUUUCACCGACUGGCAAAGGAGCUACUCCCAUUGCCAAUGCCCAUCAUGACCGACGAAGAACUGGCUUUUGAGGCAGCGGUGAAGGAGGUCCUCUGUGGCCGCUUGGAUGUGACCAGUGAGAGUUGGAGGAAGCUGAACAGUGAGGCAAAGGAAAUCGGUGUGAAGGCAUGGACCUGGCUGCAGUGCUUCGUGAUCAACCACCUAUACUGCCACGGAGCAGGUGGUCGCAUGCUGUCUGAGUGCAUGCUUCAUGCGAAGGAACCUACUGCGAGCCAGGAAAGAUCCAUCAAGCGACUUGACAGCUUAAGCAAAAAAUGGAUUGAAGAAGAUAAGGAGGAUGCGAUCAGGGCAGACACCUGGGAGAAGUCGUCUGAGACAUUGGGGGACAUGUACACAGGACCCAACGUAGGGAAAUCCUAUCCUCUGACAUUGGAGGCAAUACUCCCCACAACACCAGGUGCGAGUGAAGCGGCGAGGAUCCCAUUGUCAGAAGUGGUGAGCGACUCGGUCAAGGAAUAUGUGGAUGACCCUUCGCUGCUGCGUAUCCCGGACGAGGAGCUCAUUGGGCCACGCACCUCAGCGUUGGUGCAAGUCACCAGCCAGGAGGAGUGGGACAAGAUCGUGAGCCACCUGGUAGAUGCAGGCAUGCUUGAGAGGGAAGUUGAGGCAGAGACCUUCAAGUAUCGAGGGGAGCCAGUUCGUAAUGGGGCGUUUGGCGUCCACAAGAGUUGGGUGCUGAAGGAGGAUGGAGAAUGGCUCCGCACGUUGAGAUUGAUCAUCAACAUGAUCCCCGGCAACUCGUUCCAGAGACGCAUGCCAGUGAGAGCUUCGGAGAAGAUGGGUUAUGCCCCGCUGUGGGGGAACCUCUACUUGCAUGAGGACGAAAUCAUCAUAUGUGCCGCUGAGGACCAGAAACACUGCUUUCAUAUCUACCGGCCAGGAUAUGCAUGGCGAGCCUUCUUCAGUUUGAGUAGGAUGGCUUCAGGACAGGCCUUCAAAGAUGGAAAGGUGGAGAAAGGUUACCCUCGAGUGAAGAGCGCACCCAUGGGGUGGAACAAUGUGGUGGACUUUAUCCAGGACGGCUUUGAGAACAUGGCCAAGAUGGCAGGUUUGGCGCCUAAUCAAGUUAUUCGAAUGGGCGAGCCGAGCCCGUUGGAACCUUUGGCAACUCCCAGAUCAUUCUUUUCGUUCUAUGUGGACAACUUUGACCAGCUGAAGAUCAUCUGGAGGACCGACCGGGGGCUGUACGAAGGCCAGCCGACCGAUGAACAACUCCAAUUGCGAGAGACCAUGGAGGAAUUGACUGUAGGGAGAGACCCCAAGAAAGCAGCUGAGGGAUCAAUCAGCUGGACCAGUUUGGGAGCCGAAGUGGCUGGAGAGGAAGGAUGGAUUGGCAGCUCGCGGAGCUUCCGCCGGGCACUUCUGAGUGCUAACCUUGGGCUGUUGGUGGGGGAUGAGGUCCGUACUGAUUCCCCCAAUCUGCAGUCUGUGGUUUCAAAGAACAUGCACUCGGUGCAAUACAACCGGCAGCUGGCAGUGUUGUUUGACAGGCUGUACGCGGAAAUGAAUGCCAGCAGGCCACGACUCUUGAGUGAGAAAGGUCGCGACGAGCUCUUGCUGCUAUGCUGCUCACUGCCCAUGCACUGGCUUGACGUCAAGAUGAAAGUGUCAGGCCAAGUGUAUGCGACAGACGCGAGUCCAGAAGGCGGAGGAGCCUGCUGCACUACUGGCCUGAGCCCCUGGGGAAGUGCAAGACUUCACAGCCUCAGUCAUGAGCGUGAUGGACUGGAGGGAGCCGCUACUGAGAAUGCCCUAGUGAUCGAAUGCUUUGCGGGCAUGGGAGGCCUGAAGCAAGCACUGGAUUUGAUUGGGUUUGAGCCCGCUGGGGUGGUGGCAAUUGAUACCUCGGCUGAGUGCUGUAAGGUAUACAAGCAGCACUGCCGCCACGUCAUCUGGGUUCAGAAGAUUGAGUCCGUGACGGAGGAGCAGGUCUUGGAAUGGAGAAGGCGAUUUCCGCGCGCCACAAAGGUGGUCAUUGGAGGAGGAUGGCCAUGCAUCAACCACUCGGUGCUGAACCCUAGACGACAGGGAGCAGAAGGAGCUUCGAGCAAGCUGCUGGACGACAUGUUGGCAAUCAGAGGAUGGUUGGGAUCGUGCUCAGAGAAGUUGCACCUUCCCCCAUGGAAAGUAGUGGAGAUUUUCGAAAAUGUGGUCAUGGAUGAUGCAGAUUACGAAGCCCAAAGCAAGAAGAUUGGGUACACGCCCUACUUUGUUGAGGCUGCUGAGAUUGGGCGUUGCCGAAGACCCAGGCUCUACUGGAUUUCAGGGGUGGACCUUGUGGCUGGAGAUGAUCUGUCUGUCGCCGCGCGGCGAACUCUGAGAGGUCACAACUACCAGGUGAAGCAAAUCAAGGUGGACACGGAACGUCCCCCGCUCACAUGGUUCCUGAAUGAAGGGACCACCAAGAUGGCCGAACCUGAAGAGCCGUUUGCAACGUUCACCCGGCCAAUCGCUCGACAGAGCCCUCCAGAAGAUCCUGCCGGGUUUGACCAGGCCACAGAGAAGGCCUUGAAGCGGUGGCGCGGAGACAGUUACAGGCUCCAGCCCUACCAAUAUGAGCCUCGUAACCUGGUAACCGACAAGAAUGGGCCCAGAAGGCCUGCAGUCGAAGAGCAGCUCCGGAUGAUGGGUUUCCAAUCCACACACCUCAAUACCAAAACCAAGCUCAGUGCAGACCUGAGAGGUCAAAUGGUUGGGAAUUCCUUUUCAGCGAUGGUGGUGGCUCGGCUCUUGGUGGGCCUGGUGUUGAAGCCGGAGCAAUGUGUUGGAAAGGAUGUCAGCCUGAUGCUCUGGGAAGUCUGGAAAGCCAAGGAAGACAAAGCUGGUCAAGAAGGAAAACCUUGGAAAGUGAGGUUUGCAAGUGUGGCUGCGGGGGUUCCUGGGGUGGUGAGCCUGCUCGAGCGGGUCUUGCCAUCACCAGUCGCGCCCCUGCGGUCAUUCAUUGACCCUCAACAGUGGCUGACAGACGAAGAGAUGCUGAGCUACUUGUUAGCUCGCAAUGGGACACACCGUGGUGCUGAGAUCCGGAUUGACUUGGGGAUGCCUUACUCCGUUGGUGAACUGUGCCGGCAGAGCAUUGAUCCCAGUCACUGGAUUUGGAAAGUCUUGAUGUCCUACUCAUGGAGAGAGCCAGGACAACACAUCAACAUCUUGGAGUUGGUGGCGGUCCUUGAUCUUCUCCGCCGGCAAGGACGCGAUCCAAAGCAUCAUGACCAACGCUUGAUCACACUUGUGGACAACCAAGUUGCAAUGAGCUGCCUCUCGAAGGGACGCAGCUCCGCUCGAGCCCUCCAAGGUCCCCUACGCCGCAUCAGUGCCGUAUGCCUAGCCGCACACUUUCGACUCUGCCUCGGAUGGAUCAAGAGCAAGUGGAACCCAGCUGAUGGGCCCAGUAGAUGGGCCAAGCGUCGUCGCAAUGCCUAG